AUGAGGUACGGGCGGGAUAGAUAUCGCUUUUCCGAUUUUGGCAUUUUUGUCGGCAUCAUCAUCUUGUUCGCAAAACAUCAACGGGACUGUUUCUCCUCGAGUUUGUUUUUCUUCUGUCGCCAUAAAACUCUCCUCCCCUUUCCCUAUAUGUUCGCGUGUUUCGCUCUCUCUCUCUCUCUCUCUCUCUCUCUCUCUCUCUCUCUCUCUCUCUCUCUCUUUUGCCUGUCUCUCUGUUCAUCCCUCGCAUUUUUCAUCAUCAAUUCCUCCUCUCAACUACCGUCUCUUCUUGUAAUGUUCAUUAUCUAUGCGGGCAAUAUCGAUCCUCGCCAAACUCGGCCUCAGCAUACGCUAUCUCUAGCCGGGACAGACAAAGACAAUAUACUAUCUCUAAAUAUCUAUCUAUCUAUCUAUCUAUCUAUCUAUCUAUCUAUCUAUCUCUCACAGUCUGUUUCUUAUCUAUCUAUCUAUCUAUCUAUCUAUCUAUCUAUCUAUCUAUCUAUCUAUCUAUCCCUCACAGUCUGUUCCUUAUCUAUCUAUCUAUCUAUCUAUCGUUUUCGUGAAUAUUUCCUUUCUCUCCUUUCUCUCUCUCUCUUUCUCUAUCUGUCUAUAUAUCCCAGUCUAUUUCUUCUUUGUUUCUUUUUUUCUAUCUAUCGUUUUCUAUCAGUUAUACUUAUCUAUUCUAUCUAUCUAUCUAUCUAUCUAUCUAUCUAUCUAUCUACUUUUAUAUUUGUGUUACUCUUUAUUCUUCAACAUCUAUUUUUAUUCCCCUUUCUUUACACACACUCACGCACACACGCACACAUACAUCUAUUGUCACUCUGCUCUUGGUCAUAA